AUGACCGUCCAGGCGAGGAGAACCUCCGGCGCCCACAACAAACCGUCGCCCUAUAGCUCGAGCGCUCCGGAAAGUGAUGUCGAGAAACAGCCUCACAGCCAUCAUGCCCGUCCAAAUUACCAUAAUCAUCAUCAUCUGAGCGACAGUGAUGAUUCCGGCCCCGAUUUCUCCUCCACAUCCUACCCGCCCAUCGGGGGUGCCGCGGGCCUGCGCCGCGCCAGAUCCAAUGUGGGCUUCGCCGUGCCACAGCGGAUUAUGCGAUGGUUGUGCUUCGCCUUGUUCGCCGCUCUCGUGCUCUUCAUCCUCACCCUUUUCCGUUUCACCAUUUCCUCCUCCGUUUCCCAAGUCGCCGUCGAGCUGCCCAAGGUCGUCACGAACAAACCGCCACAGUGGGAGGCGUUCCCCUUCCUGAACCGCUAUCAGGGCGGUUUAUCCAGUCUUGUCGCGCGCAGCGACAAUGUUCCCGAGUACCCAGGUGAUAAUGCGGAUGGAUUGAUGCUUCCGGAGGAAGAAAUCAAGGACAACACGGCCAAUAAGUUGGCCGCCAGAGACUCGAAGCCGUCCAUGUCAAGCUCGGUGUUCAAUCCCUAUCCCGAUUACGCCUCCCCAGAUUAUGUCGCAAAGUACGGCGAGAAGCGCGAGUGCUUCUUGGACAAGGACAACUCGAUUCGUGUCCCCGCAAUCCAAUCCUUUCCUGGUAUCCCCAGAGGUUUCCCGGACCCCGUUAUGGGUUCGAAUACAAUGUUGGGAAUUCGCGACGAUGUCUGUUUCGAUCGAUUCGGUCGUCUGGGACCGUAUGGACUGGGAUACGGAGUCAAGAGGGGUGGCAGCGGAGCCGGUUUAGAAGGUCACCGAGAUGGCGCCGAGCGGAUUUGGGAGGAUGUCCCUCCGGUGGAUUUCCGCCAGGUCGACUGGGCCGAUGCGCAGCAACGCUGUAUGGCCUCGAAUACUCAUCGAUUCAAGGAGCUUGAGGAGCCGCGUCUGAAUCGCUUUCUUUCAAUGCCCGUCGGCGUUCCGCAGUUCAACAUCACCUCAGCCCAGGAGACCAGCAAAGCGCAGGCCCAGGCUGGAUCGGAUCGCCUUUCGAGAACCGCAGUUAUCAUUCGCACUUGGCACGACUUCCGGUACACCACCGAGGACAUCAUCUACUUGCGCUCUCUCAUCUCCGAACUUGCGCUGCUGUCUGGCGGCGAGUACACCGUUCAUUUCCUCGUCCAUGUUAAGAACACUGAUCUUCAGAUUUGGUCCGACGACGAGACCUACCAGCGCGUCCUUCACGAUUCUCUUCCGGAGGAGUUCCGGGGUAUGGGUACUCUCUGGUCAGAGGCCCAAAUGACUCUCAUGUACCCAGGACUGGAGGAAACGUUGACUCGCGGUCUACCGAUUUACGGCGUCUACCGCAGUACCUACAUGCCCGUGCAAUAUUUCGCCUAUCAGCAUCCGGAGUACGACUAUUUCUGGAACUGGGAGAUGGACGCUAGGUAUACCGGUCACUGGUACCAUCUCUUUGACAAGGUGGGCGACUGGGCCAAGCAGCAGCCGCGCAAGGGCCUUUGGGAACGCAAUGCUCGCUUUUAUGUCCCAUCUGUGCACGGCUCGUGGGAUGAUUUCCGCCAAAUGGUUCGUGUGCAAACUGAGAUUGGCACUAACAGCCCCAACAAUAUGUGGAGUACCUACAAGCCUGGUCAAGAUGGAGGCGAUAGUAAAAGCCCCUUCCAACAGCAGGGCGAUAAAGCAGUCUGGGGCCCCCAGCGCCCCGACGAGCGUGACAUCUUCGAAGUUGAAGGUGAAGGCAUCCCGCCGACAACGGCCGAGAAGGAUCAGUAUCAGUGGGGCGUUGGCGAGGAUGCUGACUUGAUCGUCUUUAACCCGCUGUACGACCCGGAAGGCACAACCUGGAUCCUCCGCGACGAUGUUACUGGCUACAACAAAGAGAAUGGCAUGCCUCCCCGACGUACCGCGAUUAUUACUGCUUCACGUCUAUCGCGUAAGCUCCUCACCACUAUGCACCGUGAGACUAGCCUACGCCACCACAGCAUGUUCUCCGAGAUGUGGCCUGCUACGACCGCGCUCCACCACGGCUUCAAAGCCGUCUAUGUCCCACACGCCGUUUAUGUCGACCGCCGGUGGCCGACGCGCUACCUGGAGUCGGUCUUCAAUGCCGGACGCAAUGGCGCCUCUGGUGGUGCCCGUACGUCGAUCUUCGGCGACCGUGAGCAUAACUUCAAAGGCACGACCUGGUUCUAUUCUGCCGGGUUUUCGCCGAACAUCUGGCGCCGCUGGCUGGGACUCCGCGUCGACAAUGAUGGCGGCGAACAGCAAGAGCUGGCGGGCGAGGGUCGCAUGUGUCUGCCCCCGAUGCUCCUCCAUCCCGUGAAGGGUGUAGAUUUGAUCAUUGAUGACGGUGAGCAUGCUCAGGAUCGGUGA